CUGGGGGAGUAGAUUCUGAUUAUCAAUGGUGGUCCUUCAGCAUUCCCUAGUGAGGGCUAGCUGCAGCAGGCUCAACCUGGCGGGCAUGAUCUUAUCAUGCGACGGUGGGAGAUCAGCAGAUCCGCCGUUUGGAGAAUGACGUAUGAUGUUUGCUCAUGAACGAACGCGAUUCAUCGCUCCGGUCGGAGCUAUGUGCGGUUCGUCGUCAUACUCGCAAGGUGACCUAUUCAAAGACGCUACUUUCUGAAAGCGUUCUGCUCUGCACUGCUCCGCACUGCUCGGCAGCAUUCUGUCAGCUAUUAUUAGCAAGUAUGGCAGCUGGCAGUGCUGCUGCCUGCGACGUGCGGAAACGUUUCUGUCACUUCUGCCCCCCAUUCGUCGACGUCAGGACUAGAAAAGCGGGUUAGCGAAAGCCGGGCUUCUACUAGAAGUACAUCUUCAGCCGCAGAUCGCAUUUUCGGCAUUAUCGCUGCAUUCUCUGCAUUUUAUCGCAUCGGCGCCUGCCGACCAGUUCAGACUCGCUGACUCCGCAAUCCGAAAGCGACCACUCGUCGCCGCUCAGCGACGCCGUCAGUGCACAGAAGAGCUCGAGUCGACUCAAAAGAAGGACGACUGGCUGCCAGUGACUCCGCAUUGGUCGCUUGCUUACUAGAACCUGCAUCCGCACAACGCAGCGAGUCGACGUUCCGGAGUCUAUUCGGACUUUCCUUCAUCUCCAGGCGGGCUCUCUUUGCCUCUGCGUCCAAGCGGCGUCAUCAUGAUGCUCCCAGCAAGCCAGAUCCUGGUGCCGUUGCUUCUGCAGGACUUCGACAUCAACUGGAAGCCGUCUAGUCCGCGAGGCAGCAAGCGCGUGAGGCUGCGCGAGUUCAGGCACUGCAUUCCGCAGGACGGCCACGACUGGCUCAAGUACGGCCAGAAGGACAUCACCGCCGGCCGCUUCUCACGGCAUUAUUUCCGCUGCAGCCACUCCGACAACGGCACUCGCUGCCCUGCGCGCCGAGUCGUGGACGUGCACAAGCAGUUCGGCCAGCCUGGCACCUCCGCCCCUCCGCCACGUGUCACCUACUCCGGCGAGCACAGCCACGCCCAGCCUGGCUCCUCUGAAGAGCACCGGGCUGUUAGGCUCGACGCAUUUCGGACUAGCAGCAGCAACAGCAGUGCGAAGGACGGCAGGAGCUGUGACAACUCUGGCCUGCUCACGCCCACGACGCCGAGCUCAUCGCCACUUUUACUGCCGCCGCUCUCCUCGCCGCUUUCCCCGCAGUUUUCCUCGCCGCUUACUCCGCCGCUUUCCCCGCUAACUCCACUUUCCCCUGCGGUGGCGGCGUCUGUCAAUGUGGUCCCGGCUCCCCUGAGAGAAGAGGCGGCGGCGGGUGCGUGGGGAACGGUAGAGUUCAAGUCAGAGUGCGUGGGUCUGGCAACGGGUAAGAGAAAACGGCAGCCUGUGGAGGCAGGUGAGGAGGUGGGAGAGUCCAAGUACGCGGGUAAGCGGCUGCAGCAGCAGCAGCAGCAGCAGCAGCAGGCUGUGGACAACGAGACUGUGACGUCCAGCGAUGACAGCCUCUGGCAGUGGCUUCCAGCAAUGACAGCCACGGAAUGGGCUAGCGCAAGCAGCCUCUUCGACACUCCGGACCUGGGUCCGUUAAAAGCAGCUCCGAUUGAGUCACCUUUGAGCGACGCGCUUGCUGCUCCAGCCAGAUCGGCGGCGAUGACGUGGCAGAAUCUGGAUGUGGUGGAUGCCUCUGCUCCUCUUUCCCCCCUCGCAAGUGAGAGCAGACCUCAAUGCUGCAACGCUCCCUGCACGCACUCUCAACAAUCUCUUCUGGCUAAAUCGGCCAGACGAUCUGCAACCGACGGCUUUGCUCCUUUAGCUGGGAGCCUGCUGGUGAUUGCAGAGGACGAAGCAGGAGUGAUUCAGGUGGUGAUGGCUGAUGGCAUUCAGAGGCGACAGGAGCAGCAAGCUGAUUUGUUUUGUAACAAUGAUUCAGAUCGGUGUGUUCCGGAACUUUUGGAUUUCCAAUUUUGGGCUGGUGUUGAUGGAGCAGCGCGAGACGCGGGAGGAGGAGCAGCAGCUGAUGGGUGGUCAUGUGAAUUGGAUGCUGCUUAUGGUGGCUGCGACCUUAUCGGUGACAUCAAUAAGUGGGGCGCGACCCCCAGAAGGCAGCCUGGGGGUGUUGAAGUGCCUGGACUUGUCGGAAGAUGCAACUCGCUUGUUAUCUCGGAGGACUCGUUGGGCAUGGUUCAAGUUAGAAGUGGAGGUGGAUGGUGAAAGGGGCCUCCUUCGAUCGAAUGAAUUAAUGAUAGAAUAGACAUGCUUCAGUCUAGUCAUUGCGGAUGGGAAAGGUAACAUUUCAUAUAAAGCUGAGUGCUGUAUGUGUAAUUAUGUCUCUAAAGUUUGGUUGAAUGUUUGCUUUGCUACU